GCAAAUGACGUCAGUUGCUAAUUCAAAGGUGUCUCCAAGGAUUCUUUUGAGAUUAAAAAUCUUCCUUGAGGAUGGACAGUACUCAUCCAGUAGCAUAAGAUUCGCAUACAUUAAUUGUAUUUAUGAAUAUGUGCUAAAAUAUACAUAACGAUGAGGAUCCAUGAUGGCGUUAGAAGGAAGAAGAAUCCUUGGCGCCAGAACGUUGAAGUAAUCAGAGGCGGUCAGUGUUCCUCAUCUGGAAUUCAUUUUAUCACCGACGCAAAAUGCAAUUUGUAGGAAUUCUCCUCAAGGCCUGGCAAUGUUCGACGUCGAUAAACCAAGCCAGGCCGGAAGCAGAUAGACUAUCGCGGCAGCGAGUGACGACGGAAGUGAUGUUCCCGCCUUCCAUUAGGAGCGGAAUAACCCCGAAACCCGGCAUCCCUGUUCCAUUCAUAGAUACAGAACGAUCUGACCAGUUGAAAUUUUACUUUUUCGCCGUUUGUUCGAGUCCUGUCUUUUCUGGAUCCGCAGGUUCAUUUUUUCCUGAAGGAUCGACCGUGUUCAUCCGCUCCGUGUUGACCCCUGCUAACAUGUGCAUCAGAUUUUAAUUUUCUAAACUCGCGAAGGAGUCGAACAAGCCUUCUGGUUAUCGAGUUAUGAGUUGUGCGAAUUAUUUUCUUGGGAGGUAAACGUUCUUAGAAUGAAGAUAUCUCUGACGCCUCUUCUUUUGUGGACACUCUUCUUGGCACAGUGCGUUGUUUCCUAUGUUUCAGUGCAGAACAGGUGUCCCGUGGUGAGGCUGGCAAAUGGCAAAGUCCGAGGAAGGGCCAGGGGAAGAAUCAUCAGAUUCAGUUGUUACGAGGGUUUCAUUCUUGUUGGUAACAAGUACUCCACUUGUAUUCGAGGCCAAUGGGAUACACCUACGCCUGUAUGCGUCAAUGCAGCAUGCGCCCCGCCACCAGUACCGGAGCACGCUAUGAUUGGAACAAAAUACAACGGCGCAAUAUUAUUAUUUUUCUGCCAACCUGGUUACGCGCUGAUUGGUUCUCCUGAAAUUUAUUGCAACGGAAUGCAAUGGAACGGGACAACACCGCAUUGUCGAGACACAACUGCGGCAGCUCCGACGGAGUGCAAUUUCGAGAAACCGGAUUUAUGUUGGUGGGAACAAGAUCCUCAACACGAUUUCGAUUGGCGACGACAUAAUUUUCAAACACCAAGUUCUCAUAUAGGGACUGGUCCAACGCAUGAUCACACCUUGGGACCUGGAAAUGAUGGUUAUUAUUUAUACAUCGAAGCAUCUGGAAGACUAGAAAACGACACGGCAAGGAUCAUUUCUCCGAUUUACAACGCUUCGUACACGGACGACGGUUGUUUUUCGUUCUGGUAUCAUAUGUUCGGAGGCACGAUAGGCGCUCUAAACGUGUAUUUCAAAGCAGAGAAGGAUCCUUGGCCACGAUUAAUGUUCAGCAAAGAAGGUGACCAAGGGAAUCAAUGGUUCCACGGUAUUUUCAAUCUUCCCAAAGCUGAGAAAGGUUUCCAGAUCAUAAUUGAGGGUGUGCGUGGCAAAAAUUACGUGAGCGACAUCGCUAUCGACGACGUCGCCAUUUUGCAGGGCGACAAGUGUCGCGAGGCAAGCAAAACGGAAUCCGACGGUGUCACAGAAGGCGACGAAGAUCAAAUCGAACAAGUGAACGCACAGCAGAGCUGCCGUGGAAGAUGUAAAAAUAGUGUGACAUACAGUUUUACGACCGCGAUGCCGCCCACGUUAUCCGAUGCUUGUCUUUGUACCCUCGACUGUGCUGAACAUUCGAUUUGUUGUCCGGAUUACGCGGAAUACUGUGUUCUAGGAUACACAGAAGAAGGUACUAAUGCAGAACCAACUACAGGCACGCACAUAACCCAAGGACCUUCUAUUAUUUACAAGGAAAAAAUCACUACGCUAUCCGACAUGGCCGUGUGGACUGGGUUUUACGAUCAUAAGGGUAUCUCCAUAAAUCCGAAAGACGACAUCGAUCCUGUCACUCUAAGGUCGUGGACGAUCAGCCCAAUCGACGUAACCACACGAAAAAUUACGAAGCCGGUGAAAACAACGAGACGAACCACCCCUGUUUCUUUCACAACGUUGAAAACAGUUCAGAUAAAGGAAACGCCAUUUGUACAACCGACCACUGUCACUAGAAGAUACGUGAGAGUGGACGAACAAGCCGAUUCAAAUUCAAGGCUGCAGGACGCAGAAAAAUUGCAUCGAGCGAGCAGAAAAUUUAGUUUAUCCGGGAUUAUAGGUAUAAUCGUGGGCAUAAUAACAGGAAUAGCAGUGUCGUCUAUGGUGGUGAUCAUCAUUCUAAGAAGAAGGAAGACAUGCAAACGUGGUGCGAACGGAUCAGCCUUAUCAGAGGACAGCGACGUUCGUUUUCUAACAUCCGAUGAGAUUUUAGACUUCACUUUAGCCAGACCCAGCGAUAACGACGAAACAUAAACGAAACUUUCCAAUAACAAUAUCAAAACUCGUUCAGAUACGAGUUACCGAAAGUUUUCGUGAUGAUGUCUGGGUCGUGGUUAUUGCAGCAGAGUUUAGCUUCUAUAUGUAAAUGUAAUUAUGUAUUUAACAAUCGAAGCGGGAUUAACAUAUUGAGUGCCAUAUUAUACAAAUCUGACGUAGUGCGCGUGACUGGCAAGUUGACAUGCGAUCCAAUGCGAUCGACACUGUAUUCGAGUGCCAACUUUCAAGAAUUUAACACUUAGAAUUCUCAUACAGAUUAGUAUGGUAGAAAUCAUUUUGCAAAUUGUAUAUAAUUUUGUUAAUUUGAUUAGAUUCGAAUUAACUCGGCCAUUAACAAGCUUUUAUACAUAAUUGCCAAAUUUUUUUAUAAUGGAUAUUGAUAGUCGAAAUAAUUAAAAAUUAAUAUUUUUUAAUUUCUUUGAGAUUUUAUGACAACUGGUUUCUGUUUAACAUGUUUUUAUUUAAUUGUUUUUCAUUUAACUGGUUUAUAUUUAACAAGCUUUUAAAUGGUUUUCAUGUAACUAGUUUCUAUUUAACAUGUUUUUAUUUAUCUGGUUUUCAUUUAACUAGUUUCGGAUUACCAAGUUUUUAUUUAACUGGCUUUGAUUUAACUUGUUUAUAUUUAACAAGCUUUUAUUUAAGUGGUUUUCAUUUAACUAGUUUCCAUUUCACAUGUUUUUAUUUAUUUGGUUUUCAUUUAACUAGUUUCUGGUUACCAAAUUUUUAUUUGACUGCUUCUAAUUUAACUAGUUUCUAUUUAACAAGUUUGUAUUUAACUGGUUUUCAUUUGAUUGGAUUUCAUUAAACUGAUUUCCAUUUAAACUAGUUUCUAUUUAACUGAUUUCCAUUUAAUUAGUUUUUAUUUAAGUUUUUAUUUGACUAAUUUCACUUUGACUGGAUUCUGUUCAACAUGUUCUUAUUUAUCUGGUUUCCAUUUAACUAGUUUCUGGUUACCAAGCUUUUAUUUAACUGGUUUCUACUUGACAAGUUUCUAUUUAACAAGCUUUUAUUUAAAUGGUUUUCAUGUAACUAGUUUCUAUUUAAUAUGUUCUUAUUUAUCUGGUUUUCAUUUAACUAGUUUCUGGUUAUCAAACUUUUAUUUUAGUUGUUUUAUAUUUAACAAGUUUCUAUUUAACCGGUUUUUAUUUGAUUGGAUUCCAUUAAAGUGAUUUCCAUUUAAACUAAUUUCUAUUUAACUGAUUUCCAUUUAAUAAGUUUUUAUUUACUAGUUUCCAUUUGACUAUAUGCUAUUUAACUGCUUUCGACCUAACUGGCUUCCAUUUAAGUGAUAUCCACUUAACUGAUUUUCGUUUAAAUAGAAAUAAUUUCUAACUCAACAUUUUUGUAUAAAAAUUUGAAGAACAAUUGUAACUUUGAAUCUAUGAUUAAGAGUUAAAAGUAUUAUAUUUUCACUCGUUGCAAUACACUUAAUUAAUUUUUAAUUGUAAGAGGAAACGAUGAAUGCCUGUCCACAACAAAAUCGCUGCGUACAGUGAUACAUGAAAGCUAGAGUAUACUUGAAUGUACACGAUAUAUAAUUAACUAAAAAAACACAAUGGCGCUCAAAGUGUUAAUAGUUUGACAAGUAGGUAGAUAGUCGAUAAGUAAUUGUAAGUUGUAUUCCGUUGGUGUAAAUGCAACAAAAACGAACAAACUUUUUAACGGAGAUUCAAAUAAAGUAUUACGUUGUUUAGGGUAAUUUGUUCCCCA